AUGGCACUAAUAGUUGAUCUGCUAUUGUUUUUGCUUCUGGAUGUGAGAGGAGGAAAGUCUGAGUGUCAAACCUUCGGGACAGAAGAACUGUCUCAGUUUUCUCAGGAGGGAGAUAUCAUCAUUGGUGGCAUUUUCCCCUUCCACCAGUACCCAGUAACACUCAAUCAAACUUUCAGAGCCAACCCAGGAGCAAUCCAGUGUGAAGGACUGGAGGUGGGUGAACUUCAGUAUGCUUACACUAUGCUCUUUGCAAUAGAGGAAAUCAACAACAGCUCAGAGCUGCUCCCAAAUGUGACACUUGGUUAUCGGAUCUUUGAUUCCUGUCCUAACACUCCCAUGUCCAUCAAGGCAUCAUUAAAUCUGAUGAAUGGGUAUCAAAACAUGGACGGAAUCUGUAACAAACUCUCCAGUGUGCAGGCUGUCAUUGGGGAAACCACUUCCACCUCUACAAUAGGUAUUGCACGUACACUGGGACCCUUCAAUAUACCCGUGAUCAGUCAUUCAGCCACUUGUGCAUGUCUUAGCAACAGAAGAGACUACCCAUCUUUCUUUAGAACCAUACCUAGUGACCUACAUCAGAGCAAAGCUUUGGCAAAGCUUGUGAAACAUUUUGGCUGGACUUGGGUAGGAGCCAUUAGAUCUAAUAGUGAUUAUGGAAAUUAUGGCAUGGACAAUUUUCUGGAAGCAGCACAAAGAGAAGGUGUGUGUGUUGAGUAUUCAGUGGCCGUUGAGCGCACCAAUCCCAGAAAGUGGGUUCUAGAGGUGGUGAAAAUCAUAAAAACAUCCACCUCCAGGGUAAUUGUUGCAUUUGCUGAUGGCCCAGACCUUGACGUUCUUAUCAAAGAGCUUUAUGCUCACAAUGUAACAGGUCUUCAGUGGGUAGGAAGUGAGGGGUGGAUUUCAUAUCGCCAUUUUGCUUCUGCAGUUAACUAUGCUGUGGUUCAGGGGGCAGUGGGCUUUGCAGCUAUGAACGCACACAUUCCUGGGCUGCAGGAAUAUUUAGCAAGCAGCAGACCCUCCACUGCAUCGGGGAAUCAGGGACUUGUCAAGCUGUGGGAGAUGCUGUUUCACUGCACUCUGUCUCCUCAAGCAGACAUGCAGGCGCAGGAUAACAUUGCAGCCUGCAGGGGGACAGAGACUCUGUGGGAUGUGCAGACACAAUUCACAGAUGUUUCAGAUGCCAGCCUGAUGAUUAAUGUUUACAAGGCCACGUAUGCUGUUGCUCAUGCUCUGAACCUGCUAUUGAACUGCAAAGAUGGACAGGGGGCUUUUGAAAAUAACACAUGCACUGAUAAGAAACACGUGCAACCAUGGCAGGUGCUGUAUUACCUGAAACAGGUAAAUUUCACCACCAAGAUAGGAGAGAAAGUGUGCUUUGAUGAAUCUGGUGACCCUGUGGCACAUUAUGCACUAAUAAACUGGCAGACGGAUCAAACAGGGUACAUACAGUUUGAAACCAUUGGGGUUUUCGAUGCUUCUCAGCCUGAAGGUCAGCAGUUUAAAAUGAAAUCAGGUGUGAGAGCCAUCUGGGCUGGAGAGAACUAUGAGGUGCCGAGGUCUGUUUGCAGUGAGAGCUGUUUGCCAGGGACCCGUCGGGCUUUCAUUAAGGACAAACCUAUGUGCUGCUUUGAUUGCAUUGCCUGUGCUGAUGGAGAGUUCAGCAACAACACAAAUGCAGUGCAAUGUCACAAAUGCCCUCCCGAGUACAAAUCCAAUGAAGAGAGGAACAGUUGUGUCAUAAAAGCUACUGAGUUCCUCACCUUCACAGAAAUCAUGGGUGGACUGUUUGUCACCUUUUCUGUCUUUGGUGCAUGCUUGGCCCUGAGCGUAGCCAUCGUAUUUUAUUACCACAGAACAACUGCAAUUGUUAGAGCCAACAACUCGGAAUUAAGCUUCCUGCUGCUGUUCUCUUUGACUCUAUGUUUCCUGUGCUCCCUGACCUUCAUCAGUCGUCCCACUGAGUGGUCCUGUAUGCUGCGACACACCGCCUUCGGCAUCACGUUUGUCCUCUGUGUGUCCUGUGUUCUGGGGAAAACAACAGUGGUUUUAAUGGCCUUCCGGGCCAAAGUUCCAGGCAGUAAUGUGAUGAAAUGGUUUGGGUCUAAACAACAGAUGGUCAGUGUUCUAGCCUUCACUUUUAUACAGGUUUUUAUUUGCAUACUUUGGCUGACAAUCAAUCCUCCUUAUCCGUACAAAAACUUUGAAUAUUAUAAAGAAAAAAUUAUACUAGAAUGUGCCCUGGGCUCGGCUGUAGAGUUUUGGGCUGUGUUGGGCUACAUAGGGGUUUUAGCAUUGUUAUGUUUUGGACUGGCGUUUUUGGCACGAAAGCUCCCCGACAAUUUUAAUGAGGCUAAGUUUAUAACUUUCAGCAUGUUGAUUUUCUGUGCUGUGUGGAUCACCUUUAUCCCAGCAUAUUUGAGUUCUCCUGGUAAAUUCAGUGUCGCUGUGGAAGUAUUUGCUAUUCUCGCUUCAAGUUAUGGUAUGUUGUGUUGUAUAUUUUUUCCCAAGUGCUACAUUAUUUUACUGAAACCCAAGAAGAAUACAAAAAAAUAUUUAAUGGGUAAAGGAACAUUGAGAGCCCCUUGA